CCUCUGUUUGUCAUGAGCCUCACAUGAUUUUGUCACAUGACCAUAGUCGUGACGUACUGUUUCAGUCUAUCAGCUGAGAGGCAGCAGGUGUUUUGGAUAUAAUUCUGACCACUCCGAGUUCAAAAUGGACAUCCGAGGGGCUGUUGAUGCUGCUGUUCCUACGAACAUCAUUGCAGCAAAAGCAGCUGAAGUGCGGGCUAACAAGGUCAACUGGCAGUCAUAUCUCCAGGGCCAGAUGAUUUCAGGAGAAGAUUGUGAAUUCAUUAAGAAAUUUGAAGUGGCUGUCUCCGAGGAGAAACAGGCUAUACUCACCAAUGAGGGCCAUCAGUGUGCAAAGACGUUCCUGAACCUCAUGGCCCAUAUCUCAAAGGAACAGACGGUCCAGUACAUUCUGACACUGAUCGAUGAUACUCUACAGGAAAACCAUCAGAGGGUGAACAUCUUCUUUGAUUAUGCGAAGAAGACCAAGAACACUGCAUGGUCCUAUUUCCUCCCCAUGCUGAACCGCCAGGAUCUCUUCACUGUCCACAUGGCUGCAAGGAUCAUUGCCAAGCUGGCUGCCUGGGGUCGAGAUCUGAUGGAAGGCAGUGACUUAAACUAUUACUUCAACUGGAUCAAGACUCAGCUCAGCUCACAGAAACUACAUGGUACAGGUCCAGACACAGGAACAGGAACCAUCUCCCCUAGUGAAAGUUCCCAGUAUGUUCAGUGUGUUGCUGGGUGUCUUCAGUUGAUGUUGAGGGUUAACGAGUACAGAUUUGCCUGGGUUGAAGCCGAUGGUGUUAAUUGCAUCACCGCGGUGCUGAGCAACAAGUGUGGCUUCCAGCUGCAGUACCAAAUGAUCUUCUGCGUGUGGCUGUUGGCCUUCAGCCCCCAGCUGUGCGAGCAGCUCCGCCGCUACAACGUGGUGCCCGCCCUCUCCGACAUCCUCCAGGAGUCCGUCAAGGAGAAGGUGACGCGCAUCAUCUUGGCGGCCUUCAGGAAUCUGCUGGAGAAAUCUGCGGAGAGGGAGACGCGUCAGGAGUACGCGCUGGCCAUGAUCCAGUGCAAGGUGCUCAAGCAGCUAGAGAACCUGGACCAGCAGAAGUACGACGACGAGGACAUCACCGAUGACAUCAAGUUCCUGCUGGAGAGGCUCGGGGAGAGUGUGCAGGACCUGAGCUCAUUCGACGAGUACAGCUCUGAACUCAAGUCCGGACGUCUGGAGUGGAGCCCGGUGCACAAGUCCGAGAAGUUCUGGCGAGAGAACGCUGUGCGUCUCAAUGAGAAGAACUACGAGCUCCUCAAGAUUCUCACCAGGUUGUUGGAGGUGUCUGAUGACCCCCAGGUGAUCGCUGUGGCUGCCCAUGACGUGGGAGAAUACGUGCGCCACUACCCAAGAGGCAAACGAGUGAUCGAGCAGCUUGGCGGAAAGCAGCUGGUGAUGAACCACAUGCACCACGAGGACCAGCUCGUCCGCUACAACGCCCUGCUGGCAGUGCAGAAGCUCAUGGUGCACAACUGGGAGUACCUUGGAAAGCAGCUGCAGUCCACAGAGCAAGCCCCCGCCACCGCCGUUGCAGCCAGAAGCUGAGCGACCGGUCCUCCCUCUCUCUCUCUCUCUCUCUCUCUCUCCUCUCUCUGUCAACCCUCUCUCUCUCUCUCUCUCUGGCAAUAUGCCGUACCUGUGUGUAAACAUCUCUGUAUAUGUGUGUAUGUGAGGGUGUGUGUGUAUUGGCAUGUUUGCAAUUGGCUUGUGUACUGUGUAUGAAUGUCAGCUUUCACUGCAGUGAGGAUUUGAAACCUUUCUUGCUCCUGGUGACUCACCCCACCUCCCACCCUGUCCCCAGCGCGCGUCCAGUUGCUGUGAAGUGUAAUACUGUAUUACUGUGGUUUGGCUCCCUUCACCUCCCAAUUUAACCCCCCACCCCUUCUCCCACCCCCACCACCACCACCCCCACCCAUUGUGAUUUUUGUUGCUCAGAAGUGAACAUUCGGAUGGAUUUCUGUGAGUGUGUGUGUGUGUGUGCAUUGGUGGGUACUUGUCUAUGCGACUAUAUGUGUUUAAUCUUGAGAAGUCAAUGAUGAAAUUUAUUUAUGUCCUCGAGUAUUAAAAAAUAUGACUUGCAUUCCAAUAAAGGACUCCCUAGGAAACGGC